UUACUUUGGUUCGCGUUUACUCCACCAUCGCGCGCCCAUAUACACGUCAGUACCUUUAACUAAAACCUUCCUGAUUUAACCUCAACGUCUCGGCGAAUACGGUGAUUUAACUGUUACAAACAACAGUUGAGAGAGUAUUCCACGUUGACAAUUGUGUAAUCGCACAUCGGGAACGAUGUCAGACCAAGUGUUGUCACAGAAAUUGAGCGGCGAGAAAGACGAAAAAUAUCCCGCUACGGAAUCAUUGUCAGAAUUAUUUGACAAGGCUUUUGAACUAUUCAACAACAUCAACAACACGCAAGAACCCACGAACAGUACGAAAAUACAGGCUGACAUAAGACGGGUGAUGCGUAUGUUUGAAGACGCAACGAGAUUGGUAUCCGUGGUUGAUAUGUUCAGCGACAAUGAGACUUUCGACGAAGUGGCCACAGAGAACAUCAAGUAUUUCCUACUGCCAGCUCUGCUGGGCAAGCUUACCACCAAAAUAUGUGGCAACGAUGACAGAAUGCAUCUCGUUAAAGUGGCAGAAAUCUAUUUCGUGGACUUCUUGAAGCGAUUGAAAGCGUACGGUCUGACCGACGUUAACCCGCCCGAACUCGAUUCGUCGGACGAGAAGAAAGAUACGGGCGACAAUCAGAACAGAUCGAAGAGCGAGACCCAGAUGUUGGCGGAUAUGGUAAUUCGUAGAAAUGUAAAAUUGGAAAGAUACAAACAGGAGAAAGAGCUGGAGUCACGUUUGAACACUCUGCAGAAGAAUCUGAACAAUCCGAAUAUCGACGACGAGAUCAAGAGAGAAUAUUUCGUCACUCUUGUUAAAUUGCACGCUGUUCAAAUAGUGGACGAACUGAACAUGUUGAGCACAGAGAAGACCAUUUUGGAGAAUAUGAAGAAAACGGGACCGACGCACAAUCUGGUCUCUAACGAAUCGCAGAAGAGUCAGAAGCACAGACCGCCCGCUCCAAAGUUGGAACCCAUCAUUAUCACGCGCGACGAGGUGCAGAAGAAAGUUUUCGGAGCCGGUUAUCCGAGCUUGCCGGUCUUGACGGUCCAGGAGUUCUACGAGCAGAGAAUCAAGGACGGAGACUGGCCCGAUCCGUCAAAGCACAACGGACCGGGUUCCCAGUGUCUGCAGAACAUGGCGAACACGCGAGCGAACGACGAGAAGGACGACAUCUCGAAGGAAGAGAAAGAGGAGACGGACGAUCCCGAGUAUCUCGAACGCGCUCGCGCAAUGGACGAGUACAAGGACACGCAUCGUCGCGGAUGGGGCAAUCGCGCUAAUAGAAGUUAGAUAUGGAAGACAUCCUGCGUGUCUUUAUCAGGAUCGAUGUGAUAAUUUUUCGAUACUCGGUGCACGAUAGCUGCGCAUGUUUUUUUUGCCGCGUUUCACGAAUUCAAUUGCAAAAUUCUCGCGUCGCGAGCAAUCGUAUGUUUUCUAUACGCAAAAAAAAAAAAAAAAAAAUA